GGGCGCCCAAACUGCACCAACAACACAUGCGACAGCCCAUCUUUUACACCGCACUCCGUACCUGUCUACGAAACCUACAUACGUUUAGAUAGAUAGAUACUCUUACACGGACAUUGGCAAGCGCGUGAAGUGGACAUCUGCUGCCCUUAUCGAUGAAAUCUCCAGAAGACACUCGAUUUUUUGGUGUUGUUUUCGGUGGAUGUGCAGCGAUAUACUUGAGCAUCGCUUCUGUUGCUUAGUUCCCGAGUCAGCUCGUGAAGUCGAGGUGUCAGUUUUCUGUCCUCGACUCUCCUUGUGUUGAAAGUUUGCAACUUCUUUUUCCGUCUUUCUCGCCUCUAAAGUUUCUUGUUGAUUGUCAAGGGUUGAUGACUGCAAAUUUCUGCUUUUCCUUGAGUGUAAUUAAAAAAAGGCCGCCGCUCUUCCACUGAGAAAGCUUCUUUCUCUGCGUGCGCUGACCUUCGCGGGUGUCGCGGCACGAGUUAGCUCUACACUUCGACACGCAGAUCGUCGACUGAGUAGAGAAGCGGGAGAAAUUUCUUUGUUGACACGGUGACGGCAAGCAAAAUUGAUGCGUCGACCAUGUGACCAUGGUUCAGCCACUUCCACCAGGGAAAAAAUGCGUUUGCCCUCCCUUCCGAAUCCUCAGGCGUGUGGCGACGGUGAGCUUGCUCGCGGCAUUCAGUUCGGGUGUAUGUACACCGCACGCGGGUGUCUCGCAGCUUUGUAGGCAGGCAGUUUUGGAAAAUUUAACGUCGAUUUCCUACUUUUUUCGUGUGCUUUCUUCUGCGAGUCGUCUUCAAAGCAAGGGCACGACCUCCUGCUCUCUUUCGCCCUUCGCGCUGGCGCAAAACCCAGAGUUACGGCCUUCAGACCACACUCGCCUGCCUUCGUCCUCACUGGCGUGUGCCAGCGGGGGCAGCGUCGAUUGCAGAGCGUUCUCUUUGAAGAAGGCACACCUAAAGACGGGGCUUUUCGCGGCGAGAACUCGACUUUUUCUCUCGCCUCUCCUCCGGCACCUCUUGCAGCCUUCACUGGUCUCGUUCCUCUCUUCUCCCGCCACCUUCCAACGUUUCCUCUCUGUCGCAGAACGACCAGGCACGCCCUCAGCAUACACGCGACAGUCAGCAGACAGACGCGAGCCUAGGAAGACAGAAAGAGAACCGGCGGCGACCUCAGCUUCUCUUCCUCUCCACCUUCCUUCUCGGGCGCCUCGACGCUUCGCCCCUGUGUUGCUCCCGGCCACCUCAAUAGUGUCACAACAAGAGAGAGGUGAAAAUCGGGACGAAACGAGAGAGGAACGCAGUGAAGCAGGCGAAAAGGGAGAGGAGAGCAAGCUCGAUGCAGACGCUGAGGAAAGCGACAAUGAAGAAGAAAUAAGUGCGAGUGAGGCGAGAGAGAAGAGAGGCAUCAUGGCAUGGCGAUGUUCAGGCGCAAGUAACGACGAGCUCGUCGACAACCUCCGAGCCUCAGGAAUCGUCCGUGACCACAGAGUCUACGACGCUAUGAAAAGUAUCGAUCGAGGGAACUUUAUUGACGUCUGUCCCUAUGCAGACAUGCCUCAGCCGCUGGGAAUUUCGUCUGCGACUAUUUCCGCUCCCCACAUGCAUGCCUCUGCUCUAGAGGCUCUCAAAGAUCAUCUCGUUCCAGGAAAUAGAGUUCUCGAUGUAGGCUCCGGGUCAGGCUACUUGACUGCAUGCAUGGCCCACAUGGUCGGCGUGAGAGGGGCCGGAAAGGCGGAGGACGCCAACACUCCCGAAGGAGUGGCCGUCGGAAUCGAUUAUCUUCCAGAUUUGGUUAAAUACUCUGUCAAAAAAGUGAAGGCGGCGUAUCCGGCCCUGUCGAAGAAUCCCCGCUUCAAACUUCUCGUUGGAGACGGCUGGCGAGGUCAUCCCGAGCUCGGGCCGUACGACGCGAUCCACGUCGGAGCCGCUGCGUCUUCGAUUCCUAGGGAACUCCUCGCGCAACUUGCGCAUGGAGGAAAAAUGGUGCUUCCCGUGGAAACGACGUCGGACGGCCAAGUGGUAUUCGAAGGACCAGAAGAAGAAACGGAACGCCAGUUGAGCCGCGGGCGCGGGUGGUGGUCCGACCGUAACCAGGUGUUUGUUGAGGUGUCCAAAGACGCUCAAGGCAAAGUCCGAGUGAAGAAACUGAUGGGUGUCAUGUAUGUGCCUCUCGUGAAGCAGUCAAGCUCACGUGGAGAAAGAUAAGAACGGCCUUCGGUGUGUGUGUGUGUCUCGUCAGUGUGACGUGGAAAGCGGAACGGGUCAGGCAGAGGACGUCAGUCGGUGGACCGACGACUCAGGUCUCUCCGUACCUAUGUUAACGAGAAUCGAGCUCGGAAGAGUGUUGCGGUACGUGAACGCUUUCGAGUUUGGAGCUGUGGCCGUCGACAUGUGAACGUUCGGGGAGGUGUGUCGCGCUUUCUCUCUCGUUCGUGUUCUGUUUUUCAAGAGUCCGAGAAAGUGUGAGAAUGCGACUGAUUCAACGACUCUGCUGACCGACGCUUUGGCAGAGAACGAAAAAUUCGAUCUUGCCGGAAACAACGCGCCCCUCCGUCCUCAGCC